AUGAAAAUCGAGAUGCUGCCCAGAAGUGGAGAUGUGAAGAGUUUGGAUCUGUCAAGGCUGACCGAUGAUGAAGCCAAGCAUGUGUGGCAGGUGAUCCAGAGAGACUUCAGCCUGCGAGAGAAAGAAGAGAACAGACUCGGGGAACUGAAGACCAAAAUAGUGAAAGAGGAUACAAAGAGAGAGCUGUUGAAAUAUCAGCCCAAACUUAGCGAUUCUCUCUGCAUCCGCUGUCUGCAACCCUUCAAAUUCCUUGUCAACAGCAAGCGCCAAUGUCUGGACUGUAAGCUCUUUGUAUGCAAGUCCUGCAGCCGAUUUAACAAGAAAGAACAUGGUUGGGUCUGUGAUCUAUGCCACAUGGCCAGAAUCCUUAAGAUUGGCACACUGGAAUGGUUCCAUGAGAAUGUGCGCUCUCGCUUCAAACGCUUCGGCAGCGCAAAGAUUAUGAAUUUGCUUGUCAAGCAUCUGAACAGUGAUCACGCCGCCUCACAAACUGACCUUAGAGCGACCCGAGACGACGACACGCACAGCAUGCCUGAAGUUCACACUGCUUCUCUUUAUAGUCAGGAGGAUGAAGAGUCUGAAUGUGGAGACGGACAACCCCACAUCCUGACUAGAAAAGCCAGACGGCUGCUCCCAGUUUAUCCUCUUGAUUUUAAUCUUGGCAUUGGGAAGUCUGAGUAUUCUCGGCCUGACUUCUUGUAUGCAAGUACCCAGGAGAAAGUCCUCCAGAAUAGUGGUUCAGUUACUGAAGAGAACUUCUUUACAACAUUUAAGCAGAUCCUGGAGAAUGGAACUCAUGGGAGAGGUGAUGACAUGUAUCAUAUCAGCCAGACAAGUCUAGACAGACCUUUUCAUUUUGAUGACUACACACACAUAGAGCAGACGACGUCACAACCUCGUUCACUCUCAAAGAUGAGCUUCUCCUCAGCAAGCAGCGCUAGCUAUCACCUUCACCGUGAGCUUUCUGUAGAUUCUUCAGAUGAUGAGGAGGACUCACAGAUGCAUGUCACAUACAGUCCUGUUUUACAGAGGGAGCCUUCACCACAGGAUGUUCCUCCACAGAUUAUUGAGCUGAAAAAGCGUAUAUCGGCAGUUGAGACUCUUCUCGUCCGUUUGGAAAAGAAAAUGUUGUUAUCUGUGACUGAGAGAACAAAGGAACAGAGUGAACCAAAGGAAGAAGAUCUAGUUGACUUAGAGGAGCUUGAGCUACGAAAAAAACUUGAUGAACUUACUGACAAAAUAAGUGACAAAGACCUAACCUCAGAUGAGGAUGAUGCUGUAAAAUCAGAGGAUACUUUAAAAAUCUCUUCAGCAGUCACUGCUUCAUCUUCAGAUGGAUUUCGACAUGCUAGACACAAGUGGUCUCUUGAUAUAGAAGAAUGUAAAGAAAAGCUGGAUGUACAUGAAUCUUUUAAAAAGCAGAGGAGGCCGAGUCCCUUUGAUCUCGGUACCACAACCAUCUGUGAGCUGUCACAGCUGGAGGGUAAAGUAGCAAUGGCAGCGGCCAGUGUCCAGAGCACACAAAGUGGGGUUACAGACAUCCAGAAAAGAAUCGCAGCUUUAAGCUCUGCAGGAAUGACAGUGGAGGCCUCUCGCAGACGAUCAAGUCUUCAGCCAUCAAAGGUAUUACAUGAAUUUCCAAGAAGAGCCAGCAAUGAAACAAGAUCCUUCCGGUAGCUGCACAUCAUGUGAAGCAAGCUUAUGCUUUUUCAUAUAUAGGCUAUUACACCAUCAGAACACAGACCCACGGAACAUUUAUACAUUUACACAAUGCAAGUAUUAUUUCACAUAACUUAUGCACACAAUAUGUGAACACAAAAAUACAACAAAACUAAUAAUCUUAUUAUAGGUAAAAAGGGUGGACUGGACCCCCUUCUUAAGAUCUAGACCUAUUUAGUACUCUUAUUUUUAAAUAAAUGUUAA